UCUUUUCUCUCUAAAUAAGACAGCCCCAGGCUGGGCCACUGCUGGCAGACACCAUGCAGCUCCAGGCCUUCUUCUUCUUUUUCCUGAUCCUCAUCUUCUGCCGAGAGCUUUACACAGAACCAAGAAAAGUGCCCAGGAAGUCCUUACUGGCUAUGUGCACACUUCCUAAGAAAAAGGGCGAAUGCCGAGCCAUGCUCGUGAGAUGGUACUAUAACUCCAAAAUUGGCAAGUGUGAGUGGUUCCGCUAUGGAGGCUGUGGAGGUAACGGGAACAACUUCCCGAGCAGAAAUCAGUGCCAGACAGUCUGCACAAACACCUGACUUGUUGAAACAACCAGCCCUCCAUGGAGUCAAGCUUCCCUACUGGGCCCUAAAGGGGUUUGUUUGUAAAUAAAAAAAAAAAGUGCAUCUCUCUAAAUACAUUUCCCUAAGUUCACGUCUAUC